GCUGACUCCCAAGUCGAACCUUGAACUUUGACGGGGGCACGGAGGCCGAUCACUUUUUCUUUUUAAGCGCGUUAUAAACUCGAUAUACCAACAUGUCAGCAACGCAAGGCGACUUUAUAAAACACAUUUUAAGUAGUGUACAUGCAAAACAAAAUUCACCCGGCGGAUCGGUCAUUGAUCAAUACAUUGAACGAACAUACGAAUUCCUCGACGCUAUAGACUGGUCACAGAAAUGGUUACAGGGAUUAAUUGGGUUCCAUGUCAUUUGCUUUGCCACAACGUUGUUGCUAAGGAACCAUUCUACUGGGCUCUCUGUCUAUUUUUUUGUACUAUUGGGCAUGGCAGCAUUGGUAAAGCCAUUGAACGGCCUGUGUAAGACGCACUGGGAAGAGUUUGCGUCGGCCGAUUACUUUGACGAGUCGGGCUUGUUUAUCGUUUCCGUGUAUGCGUUGCCGCUCGUGUUCAAUGCUUUUGUGACACUGAUAUUCAUUCUUAAAACGGCAGCGGGACUUCUGGUGAGUAUGAAGCGGGCUCAAAUCAGGCAGCAGCAACAGAAAAGACGCAGCGACAAGCAGAAUAAGAAGGACGAGUAAUAGAGAACCUAUGCUGAUGUACUACAUGACACCCAUGAUAAUUUAUCGAAUUUAAUGUAUUUUCUUUCUCUGUGUCACGUUCUGCCACUGUUAAAUUGCAUACAUAUGAUAUG